CUUGGAGCUCCAGGCACACCUACACCGACGCUGACACUCUGGUCGUACUCGCAGCGUCGCCCUGUUUGCCAACCCUGUUGAAUACUCACAGCUCCAGUUGAGACGGUCGUCGCUGCCUCUUUUCCCCCCGCACGCUUUCCACCCGCAACCAUGACAGGCGGCUACAGCUCCCACGGUGACGAGACGACGCGCGAGUACUUCCACCACUCGUCGGGCCAGCGCGUCAACACCGACAUCGUGCUUGUCGAAGCUCUCCGCAGCCAAUACCGCAAUCUCGAUCUCGUCAUCGUGCCCGAGCGCGGGACGGACCUCCUCGCAUACGCCUCCGCUGGCCAUGCCACCCUCACGCCGCUCGAAGACCCCGUCCGGGACCAUGUAUACGGCGGGGCUGUCAAAUGGCGUCAGUACAUCCCGCCAGCACGGCGCCUGGACCCUAGCCCCGGCGUCUAUGCUGAGCACGUCGUGUUUGGCAAAUACCUCUACAAAUGGAAAGACCAGGAGUUGAUUGUUUACGUCGCAUCCGGCAGGGACGGCGUGAGCUCGUACCCGGAUAUAACGAACCAAUACGUGCUCACAAACGACACCGACAAGGUCGACGAGCUGAUCAGGGAGGUCACUCUGUGGGGCCAAGAGCUCCGCAACGAAGUCUGGGUGUUCGACCAAGGCUUCUGGCAGAAGAGCUACGAGCUCUGGCAUUCGGUGCAGAAGAGCCGCUGGGAAGAUGUCAUUCUCGAAGAAGGGAUGAAGAAGCAGAUCAUCAGCGACGUGGAAAACUUCUUUGACGGGCAAGAGACGUACCAGAAUCUGAAGGUGCCCUGGAAGCGAGGAAUCAUCUAUUAUGGCCCACCCGGAAAUGGAAAAACUAUCAGCAUCAAGGCCAUGAUGCAUAGUCUCUACCAGCGCGGCAUCGAUGGCGACAAGAAGCUGUCCGUGCCAACCCUCUAUGUGCGCAGUCUCUCCUCCUUUGCGGGCCCAGAAUAUUCGCUGCAGUCCAUUUUCACCAAAGCGCGUCAAGUAGCUCCCUGCUACCUCGUCUUCGAAGAUCUCGACUCCAUCGUCAAUGAUAAUGUGCGCUCAUACUUCUUAAACGAGGUGGAUGGCCUAAAAUCAAAUGACGGUAUUUUGAUGGUCGGCUCGACGAACCAUCUUGAUCGCUUGGACCCAGGAAUCUCCAAGCGACCCAGCAGGUUCGAUCGCAAGUACUACUUCCCGGAUCCCGAUUACGCCCAGCGGGUGCAGUAUGCCAAAUAUUGGCAGGGCAAGUUGAAGGAUAACGACACGGUCAAGUUCCCAGACGACCUGUGCCCUGCUAUCGCCAAGAUUACCGACAAGUUCUCCUUUGCAUACAUGCAGGAGGCUUUCGUUGCCAGUUUGCUCGCCAUCGCCGUGCGCGGUAGCGACGAUGACGACGCCCAGCAAGUCGCGUACAACGACAUGCAAGCCUUGCAGCGGGCGUUGGCGCAGACCUUGGGACAUUCAGAUCUAGACGACCUCGUUCUGUGGGAGGAGAUGCAGAAGCAGGUCAAGAUACUGCGCGAGGAAAUGGAUGAAAAAGCGCAGGCACAGGCCUCAGCCGUGCCGGCACCACCGCAGGCUUCGGCUGCCCCAGCGCAGACUCUGUACCAGAGUAGUCAGUACGCAGGCCAAGCUAGUGACCAGAUCCCUCGGCGUCAGGCGCGCAGCUACCAGGACGAGCUGGAUGCGAUGAUACAUGACCCUCUGCGGGUGUCGGCCGAACGUCUGAAUGAGGCACUUCGUCGCUUUGGCAUUUAGCGGUUGCAAAUCAGAGGCAGAGUGGGCGUUUGGUGGGCAUGGAGCAUUGGUCUAAUGACUACAUUCAAAGGACGGCUUAUGACUGAUAUCCGAUCCUUAGUAUACAGUAAAUCGGUUUUGAAUAUCGUUACAGCUGGUAUUAAGACAAGAUUCAUAUCCACGUUGCGCUCUGUCGAGUUGUGUGGGU